AGAGGAGGUUGGUAUCUCUGCCUUUCAUUUCACCUCCUUCUUCUCUCUCUCAUGAUGCCUUGUGUUUAAAGGAGUGAAGUCUACUACUUUAACUUUCAAUUAAGUUAAAGGAGUGAAGAUCGAAAAUGGAGGUCUUCAAGAUCCUCGUGGUACUUCAGGCUCUAGUCCUCUGUCAAGCUGAGCUGUUCAUAAACCAGGCCUCCACAUUGUGCUCCUGGACAUUGAGGGCUGCAGGAGAAAAUCAGAGUUUGGCUAUUUUCACGAAACAGUCCCUAUCACCGCUUGCUGUUCAGAUCUGUCAGGCCCUGGGCUGUGGUAAAGUCUACAGUCUAAAUGAAAGCACUGCACAUGGAAAUGCGAGCUGUCUCACAGGCUGCAGCUACCACAAUAACCAGCUGAUCAACUGCACAAAGGUUAACAGGGCAGAUUGCAGCAUUCUCUCUGAGGUUGUUUGCGAUGCUCCUUACAUAACCCCAACAAAUCAUCCCUGCAUCUGGAAUAUAUCAUCUCGAACACCUGGAUCAGCAGUCAUUCUGUCCAAUGAGUCUGUGCUCAGAUUGUCCAAUGAAAUAUGUCAGAGCUUCAACUGUGGAGUAGCUUUUCCACAGAACAGCACAAAAGCACCACCCAACAGUGCUUGUCUAACUGAUUGCAUCUACAACAACUCCUAUUUGUGGAAAUGUUCCACAGUGGUCAGAAAUGACUGCUCAGAAAUUUCUGAAGUCAUAUGUGGUAACAACAAAGUCAGAUUGUCCAGAGGUACCCAUAAGUGUGCUGGACGGGUGGAGCUGUGGAACGCUGGACAAUGGGGCACGGUGUGUGACGAUCAGUGGGAUAAAGAGGAUGCAGAUGUGGUCUGUGCUCAGAUGAAAUGUGGAUAUGCAAUCUCUGUUAAUGGGCAGGGUGGCCCCUAUAGCCAGGGUAAAGGUCCCAUUCUCAUGGAUGAGCUGAACUGCACAGGCCAGGAGAGGAGCCUGUGGGAGUGUCCUGCAGUGAGGGAAGAUAAUGACUGUGGACAUAAAGAAGAUGCUGGAGUGGUGUGUUCAGAAUAUAAGGAUCUGAGACUCACUGGCGGACUGGACCAUUGCUCAGGCAGAGUGGAAAUCCAUCGUAAUGGUUCAUGGGGUACAGUGUGUGAAAACUGCUGGGAUGAGCAAGAGGCAUCCAUGGCUUGUGCCAUGUUAGGCUGUGGGGAAGCAAAAGUAUACAAAAGCUUUGCCCCACCCUUUAACCACGCAAAUGGAACAUAUUGGUAUUACCACUGUCAGAGUGGAAACAAAAUCCUGUGGGACUGUAAAGAGAUAGAUGCAACUGAAUAUACACAUCUGUGCAAAGAAACAAGCGCUGCAGGAGUGAUUUGUAACAACUCUCUUGGAUUGCCUGCACCUACCACUCCAAAUACAGCUCCAACAAUGGUAACAAUACAAACCACUGCAGAACCGUUCUCAGUGUCCUGGAAUCCUGCAGUACUGGGCUGCAUUAUACUAUCCUGCAUUCUUUUGAUUGUAAUACUCUCAAAUAUCAUCACGUGUUGCUGUUCGAAAAAGAAAAAAAAAGCUCUUGAAGUUCAGCAGAGAUUUACCAAUCUACAAACCACAGCAGCUGAAGAGAAUAACUAUAGAGAGUCAAUCCACCUUGUUAAAGUCACCAACAACGACAGCAACUCCGCCCCAACAAUGCCACCACAAAUGUGGACUCAGAGUAGUGUUGAGAGUGCUUCUUAUGAUACAGACUGUGAAGCCAAUGACGGUGGUGCAAAUGGUCGUUUCACCCUGUCCACCUUCCACAACUCUGUGCGGCAUAAUGCAGAUGGUCCAGCUCCUACUAUGAAGGGCCCAAAUCUGCAGAUUGUUACUGAAGAGGUCACAAGUGCUGCAGUGCAAGGAUACCUGCAAGCCCCUGUGGACACAUUUCAGCGUCUUUCUGCAACUCCCAGUGCCGACUCAUUUGACACGUCCAGCACCUCAUCUGGGGAGUGUUAUGAAAAUACCGGCCCCAAAGCCACAGAUCUAUGCUUGGAGAAUUAUGAAAAUACUGGAGAAAUCAGAAGUGACCUGCCGCCUGGAAUUCCCACUGUACAUGGCACUGAGGACUUCCUGAAUCCACCAGUAUCCCGAGAGACUAUGGACCUGAGUGGUGGAGAAGAUUCCCCCAUUUACUCUCCCGUGAGCGCUGAUGUAGAUUCCUUCUCAAAUGACCCUGAUGACAGUGAUGACUAUGAUGAUGUUGUGAACUACUCACAGACACCACUGAUGUGAACUGGACCUACUGACGUAGUGUCUUACCUUUUUUUUUUUAAAAACUCAUUAUGAAUUAGCUAGUUAAUUAAAAGUACCUGAGAAUCCCAUUUUUCCUGUACAUGUUAUCAUGUGUGUGUUGAAAAUGUAAAGACACAGAGACAAUUUAUUUUAAGGUGCUGGUCUAGAAUCAGUUGUCUCCGUGUGUGCUAUAUUUGCACUGAAACCCCCAGCACUUUCACUCUGAGCAGGUUUAUAUGUAUAUAAACUUACAUAUGUAAGACUGGCAGCUGUUACUAUAAGAAAAAGAAUUGAUUCUUGUUCUUUCCAAGACUCUAUGGAAAAAUAAAUGAUUAAACUGAAGAUGAUUAAACUCACAGCAGCUGAAACCUGACAAAGAAAGGAACCUGUUACUUUAAAAGAACGUCAUAUAAUAUGUUGGCCAUUUUAACAUUUUAUUUAAAGAGGUAAAAAGUUGGAACAGGAUAAAUGUCUAAAAUGCAUUUUGGUGUUGUCUCAUUUUGCAUGCUACUGUAAAUAAAAUUGUUGUAUGGAAUUUGCAAAUAA